AUGGACCCAGGACUUGAUUUGGGAUACUCCCAGGUGGUCCAUAUUGCAAGAGAUGCUAAAAUUAGGAUAUUCCCUGUUAUGAAAGCAUGCUCUGGAGAGAAGGCCAAAGAAUACUUACCAAAAGGAGUCAGAUAAAACCAGACAUCCAUCACAAGGUCUCAAUCAAACACCCUAGUUCAAGCCAUAGACAGGAACCAAUUCCCUGAUACUGCAACCAGGAAAGUACUGGCUAAACAAACAGGCAUUCAGGAAUUGAGAAUUCAAAACCAAAGAUCUCUAUACCCACAGUACAGCAGAAGUAAGCCUGCAGGCUGUGCGGGAGGACAGAACUCUCCCUAUACUCUGACACUUGCAAACUACUUGCUGAUAUCACUGUCUCCAGGAGGGGGCCUCCCCAAUAUUCACGCUACUUUCUGGCCCCAAAGCGAAGACAAAUGCCAGAAUCACAAAGAACACACUGUCACAGAAGUACUACAGCUGAAAGACUAUUCUCAGCAUCAUCCUGUACACAAAAAACAUCAAUCACAGGAUCUGGAUCAGAUGGACACAUCUUACAUUAUGCAAUGAUGGGAUGAGUGCUGCCAGGUUCUGAUUGCAGAAUGA